CAGCGAAUUGCUUGAAGCAGUUUGCUUUUGACAGGCGAUGCUAUUUAUACAGCAAAAAUAGUCUAUUCUUACUCACCGUUUGCAUCUGAUUUCUUUCUGCAUUUUGUCAAUCUAUUAAUUAAACAAGGUUUUAAUUUCAAGACUUUGACUGCUUUGUAUUUAUAUUUAAAAUUAAUUUUUGUUAAACCAGUUUAGUCAUCUAUUGUGAAUUAAUAUUUAUAAAAUAUUGCUAUUUUCAUCAAGUUCUAAAAUAAUCUUUUACUUUACUGUUGACUGAGAGCCUAUCAUCUUGAACUUAAUUUGAGAAAAUGGGCAAAUCAGUUGGAAGAAGCAGGGGUCGAAGCCGAAGUCCUUCCGCCCGAGGUCCAUAUGGUAGACCUUCUAGAUUCGGAAGCGGCUCACGAUCACCAUCCAGAGGUCGAUUUGAUGGUCCUCGUCAGUCAAGAUUUGAUAGUCCUCCCCGGUUUGAUGGUCCACCUGGAUCGAGAUUCGAUGGACCACCUCACAGGUUCGAUGGACCUCCAGGAAGGUUUGAUGGUCCCCCAGGAAGGUUCGAUGGUCCGCCACCCAUGCCAGGAAGAUUUGAUGGACCUCAUCAUGGAAGGUUUGAUGGACCUCCGAAAUCGCGAUUUGAUAUGCCACCACAAUCCCGUUUCGAUGGCCCUCCUCCUCCUUUCGACCAUCCAGGUCCAGGAAUGGAGAUACCUCCACCUCCACCGCUUCCUGAAGGACCUGGUAAUGAUAUUGAAAUUAUAGUCGUAAAUCGAGAACAAUGGCGCUACGCAGAGAUGAUAGAAAAAAGACUAAAGGACGAAACUCCAGUAAAGUUCAUUGAUUUACUAUUUCUACAUUCUCCCCAGCACAUCUCGAUGACGCUCAAUGAUCUUUUCGAAAGACGAACCCUUUAUGCUAUUGUGGUGACACCCGCCAAUGAAGAAAAAAGAUCUUGUACAUUGCAUGUUCUACACAAUCAAGAAGAACAUCGGAAUAUACCAAUUGACGAAGCAAUACCGCUGAUUUCAAGGGAUUUCGCUGUUUAUAAUGGACAACAACCACCGAGUGAGGGCUUUAGUGAAAAUUUUGAGACGCCAAAGCCACCAGAAGUACCUAAUUAUAGUAGUGUCACUGGCUCAACACCAUUGUUUCCAGCGGCAGCUGCUGUAGCAGCUACAUCUUCCUCUAAUGGUUCUAACCCAACCAAUAAGCCAACUAAUAUUCCACCAAGUAACCCCAGUGCGGGAGCCAGCCAGGCUUCUGGCAAACGGCUACCCGAUGAUAUUGCAUAUCUUUUACGUACUACCCUUUCUGAAGGAGGUAUACAAUUUUUAAGCCUUCCCCAGAUAGACUCGAUAAUUGAUUAUUUCAAACGAGAACGGGAUCGGUUAACCUCUUCAGUACCUACGCGACGUGUGAAUCCCAUUACAACGGGAUCUGAAUUCCAAUCAUCAACCGGGGUCUCGGGUUAUUCAUCAACUUCCUCAGCGGCUACCGGUUCUAUUACCGGUGCUGGUUCGUCGACAUUAAACAAUGUCCCAACCGACCCAAAUACAUUGUUAGAAAACCCUCAGGUUAAAGCAGCUCUUAACUCUUUGCUGCAAAUUGGAGCCAUUACUAGUGCUUCGGGUAGUAAUUCAGGUGCUACUUCGGCUUCUGGAAUAUCGACAAACAAUAUUUCGACGAGCUCUUAUUCAACUAGUAACUCAUACUCAACACCCUCUUAUUUGAGUACCUCAUCUUCAAACAAUAAUAAUUCAUCCUCCUCCUCUAUGCCACUCCAUUUUUCUAACUCAGCAUCAGCUUCUUCACCAUACCAGCAAUCAUUAACAUCAUCUGGAUCAGCUAAUCAACCACCUCGUAGGCAUCCUCUAAUGGGUACAGAAAUAUCUGGACCCAUGGGGGCUUCGAGUUACUCUUCUUAUGGGAUGAGAAAUAAUAAUAAUUCAUCCAAUAACCCGUCUAAUCGUGGUUAUGCCACUGGCUCGCGAUACUGAGAACAUAUUUAUUAUUCUCACUAUUAUUUCUUUCUCAAAACUUUCUUUUCUCUUUGUUUUCUUUUUGUUUCAUUUUCUUUUUUCUUCACUUUUUGGUGAAGAAAAAAUGUAAAUUAGACUAAACCACAUUCUUUUGUUUUCGUGCGUACCAAUAAAUACAGUUCUCAUCAUAUUUAUAAGAAA